AUGUAUCAGUUUUGUUCAAUCGCAAGCAAUCCAUCAUUAAGAGUUACCAAGUUACCUCCGAACAAGGAGCUGGAUAUACCAGCAUCUAGUACCGUACCACUGUACCUUCAAAUAGACGGCCCAGAAGAGAACUGCUUACGGAUAUCGUGCAGCAUGCUUCAUCCAAGAGUAUUCCUACAUGCGGGCGUACCUAUUGAACACUAUAUAGAGCCUGGUUAUGUACUCAUAGAGAAGUUUGAUUGGUUCUAUGACUCCGAAUUGCCAAUACCUAAAUCAUAUCUGCAAACUCGAGGAUACGGCGCUACAGAAGUCUCCUUUGCACCUGGGCGACAUUAUUGCAGAUUGUGGGUCCAUUCCAGGGUGCCUUGGCAUGUGAUGCUACUAAGCGAGUCCACGAUACAUGUUGGCACCCGCGAUGUCAUCCAGGUCGCUGCGAUGCGGGAGUGUCCGUGGGCAUCUACAUUUCUGAACGCACUUGGUGCUGCCUUUCAGAACUUCAUGCGGGCGAAUAAAUCCAAUACUGUCGUCGCGUACCCUGAUCGAGAGUUUUACAAGAAGGAGAUGGCCGGUCUGACAGUGAUUUGUAUCAUUCACCCAAAGUACUGCCAAGGGUGUGUGAGGCUGCCACCGAAACGUUUCCCUGCGGCGCCC